UGCACACAUUCAACCCUCAUACACUGCCUUAUGUACUGUACAUCUGAGAGUGGGAAGUUGCACUUGACCACUAGCAUGCACAGCAUAAGCAUGAUGUUUUAGCUACACCAAUAAACUCCUGAACCUCAAGCAAAGAUAUGUGGAGCUUUCUUACUUUCUGGACCCAGCUACAUUUAGUAAAGAAGAAGAAGUCAACUUAACAAACCCACUACGGUAUUUUUGACAGUUACGACUUACAAGGGUCUGUAUCUGCAAACUAGUGCAGGACUUGGGGAAAACCCGCUGUCCUUAUCAGCUGAGCAUUACUCUAUAACCAGUUGUCCUUAUCAGAGCAUUGGGCAAUAGUGAUACGGACAAUGUAUACUGUGCAAUAGGUGAAGCAAAUGCUCUAUAAGUCAUGUUUGUAUAUUUCUUUUUGGAAAAAACAUUCAGAUCUAUAUCGUAUUCUGCAACGACAAGGAAGAGAUCUACCUUUGUCUAUCUUUUACAGUGCAUUUCUCAUUUCCAUGAGAUACGACUGGCCUUCAAGUUGUAUAGUUGUUCUUUCAUCUAUAGGUUGAGGAAAACAGUGAUUGAUUAGAUUUAUCACGAAGCAGACCUACAUCACAAUGUCACAAGGCAGAAAGAAGAGUAAUCGUGAUUCUAAAAAAAUCAUAGAAUCUGAUGUCACUGGCGUAGUAAAGCGGUACAUUGACACAGGCGGCUAUGGGUUCAUAACGGAGGAUGUUACACGUAGGAAUGUAUUUUUUCAUAUCUCUGCCGCGGUUUCAAAAGAUAUUCGACGACGGGAUGACCCAAUACGUGCUGGAGAUGAGGUGAUAUAUAAUUUGUAUCAGGCUCCGAAGGGAUUCAUGGCAGAGUCUGUUCGUAUUUUGAAUCAGGAAAGUUCUGAAUCGGAUGAUAGUGACGAUCUUCACCGAAGAAAAGAUUCUAGAAUCGGUCUACGAGGACGAGAAUGUCGUAGUGGUGGAAGAGGUGGAAACCGUCGAGGAGGAAGUGUUGGGCGUGUGCAUGAACUGCUUAAAGACUGGAGUGACUGGUCGACAGAAAACCAACACAGUUCUACAGGACCAGGACCAGAACCUCAACCUCAACCAAGACACCCUACAUGUACUUGUUCUAAUGGAGGAAGAGGAAAAGUUAAGGACACCAAGCCGGAGACAAGUACCAGUUCAAAUCCAACUAGCGGGUGGGAUCAUGUCAAAGCAGAGCAUACAGUGAGAGAAAAUACACAACCACAUGUGACUCCCCCCAAUUCAACUGAACUCUCGGGGUCUGCAAAGCAAAGAGAGCGCGGUAACAUUUUCUACAAAUCAGCUACUGAGGAUUUCAGCGCCACUGUACGUAUCAUCAGACUUGAAAAUGCCAUCACUUGCUACAAGAAUGCACUUUCGUGUAGCAGCAAUAGAGAUGACGAAGCUUCCGCAUCAAAGAACAUCGGAAUGGCAUCUUGGAAGCUGGCAACCAUUGCUCUUGAGAGUGAGACGGAAGAAUCAGAGAAGAGACAGCAGAGUAUCCUGAAGCACUUUAAAGAAGCGUUGAAGUUUUUCUGCACGGCAUAUGUUCUGAGGUCCUACAAGAGUGCAUCAUGGGGUGACAAGCUGGUCGAAUCUUGGGAGAAUUGUUUAGAGGAGGCAUGUGAAUGGUUAGCUAUGCUGGACACAGCAGAGAGGGUAGCUGGUUUCAGUGAGUUGCUGGGCUAUGUACCAGACUGUAGUCUGAAGGCUAAUGGAUACAUCCAGUAUUCAACUCUCCUGUUUCAUGAAGGUCUAACAGCCUGGCAAGAUGGAGAAUACAAGGAGUGCUACAGGUUCAUGAGAGAAUGCUACUUCCCAGUCCAAGAAGCAGAGAGGCUUUGUGAAGGAGAUUGCUCUAUCAAGUCUGAAAUAGCAGUCUUACAGGAAGAUGUCUACAUCCACACAUGUGUUGCUGAGUCCAGCAUGGCACGAGCAACAGGUGAUGACUUGCUCGAAGAACACUUGAAGAAUGAGGAAACAGUGAACACUAACAUAAUAUGGACCGUGAUAGAUUUCUACACACAAGCAGCAAUGUUAUGCAGGGAUAAGGACCUGGAGCAGGAGGCUAUAGCUUACAGUCGACUUGGACGUGUCUAUGGCAAAGUCCUUACUUUGCCAUCCCGAGGGAAAGACUACUACAAGAAAGCUAUUCAGCUGGCACUAAGCAUGACCCCAAGGACAUUUCAUGGUGUUGGUUGGUUCAUGGAAUCCACAAAGUUUGUCGAGGACUUCCAGAAACGUCUGAACAAGGACGAAGAGGAAGACAAGGACAAGGAAGCUGCCCUCGAAGAGAUGAAGGAAGACGUUGACAAACUCUCAGAAAUGGCCACCAAGAAGGGUGAUCUGGAUUUUGUUAAGGACAUCUACAAGACGUGGCCGCCGAAGGCUCCGGGAGCCAAGCUUAAUGAGAAACUCUCCACAAAGAAACUCCUCCUGAAAGCCAUCAGUCACUACCACCCUGAUAAGGUGGACAAAGAGGUCCAUGGCAAGAACUGGUUCUAUUUCAGUGGAGAGAUUACAAGGCACCUUAAUUCCAAAUAUGCCUGCCAAAAGGGUGUAGAGUGAAAUUCAUUCUCCAAGUAGACUCCCCAUCCCUUCUUCAAGAUGGUUAUUGAAGUCAACAAGUAGAAAGGGUUUCACUCCAACUGUGAGAUCCAUGGAUCACAACAUCAAGUAUGUCUACUGCAAAGGGAUGAUUUAAUACACUCCCAUCCCGCUACUUGCUGUACAGCUGCUACAGAAGGUGGUUGAAUCAGGUACAUUGUGGCAAUAUCACAUCAACCCAAAGAGGUACUUAUGUAUAUAAACCCUUUGAUUUGGAUAAAGAGAGCCUCAGAGAGCCUUUCAACAAACUGAACUAGUUCCACAAAACUAGGAUUAAACUAAUACACAUCCAUACCGUCUGAAGUAUGUAGAUGUAUAGCUAUGGUAUGCAUGGACUAAGGGAUGAGAAUAUUUAUGUGCUUUCAUGUAGAUAACUUGGACAUGGACAUGGACAGUGGACAUGGUAGUCAUAAGAAGAUGUUUUUGUCUUUUUCACACUGAAUCAAGUACAUGUCACGGGAUUCCCAACUGUUUGUGAAAUCAUGGAAAGUCAGAGACUAAGAAGCAGCAAUCAAAUCAGGGAAAAAUCUGGGAUAUUCAUAAUGUUUCAAAGAUGUUUUUGAAAUGUUUCAAACUGUAAAUCAUUGAAAUAAUGAUGCUUGAAUUAAUGAAACUCGAUCAGGGAAAAAUCAUGAAGUUCAAAUCAGGGAAUUUUGGUCUUUUGAAUCCAUGAAAAGGGUAUUUUUGUCAUCAUCAGUUGCGUUACGCACUUAUCCCAUCAAGGUAUCAUAUUAAGUUGCAUAAGAUACUGUAUACGGAAUGGGUGGAAAAUUUGAUAGCCCUGGUUGGGUGCACAUGCAGGGUUUGAUAGGAAAUACACAAUAAAAACCAAAGCAAUCCUCGAUCAUGGUGUUAAAUGCAAUGCAAGAUAUAACAUCCCUGUUAAGGGUCUAAAAAUCAGAAAUAUUAGAUGGGAUUCCCUGUACAGGGUAUCAAAAUGACUCUAGACUUUAAUCCUCAUUUAGGGUGCUUUUGAGAAAGUGAUUUACAAAGAUGAUGUUUAAUGCUAUGCUCAAUGUAACAUACCGUCCUUUAGCAACUGCAAAGUUUGUGUUGUCUUGAUUUGUUUCUCUGUCACUGAAACUUAGUAUGUUCAAGUUCUUUAUAAAUGUGUGUAAUGAACAUAUAUGUUUCAUUGGUUUGUGCAUCUUUGAAUAGUUAUUGCAGUCAUCAAUAUUAUAUUCAGAUAGAAAAUAUUAUUUGAGCUUUGAGGCCAAAUCCUGUUUUACAACUCAAAUGCUUAUGUAAUUAGGAUGAUAGUCAUGCUCAU